CCUGUUUGUUUGGCCGUCUCUCGCCAGGGAGAGAUACAGAAAGAGAGAGAGAGAGAGAGAGAGAGCGAGAUGGGUAAGAUAGUGGAGAGGAAGAAGAAGAAGAAAGGAAGGCCUUCUCUUUUAGAUCUCCAAAAGCGUACCCUCAAAGAACAACAACAACCGCAACAACCGCAGCAGCAUCAGAAGCGAAGCCACAGCUCUGCCCCUCAUUCCACCUCUGAUUUCCGAACUGCCCCUUCCUCCGCUCCCACCCCUCUCCGGAGAUCCAAUCGCCGUAACCCUAAUCCCCACGAAGAUGACGACGAUGACGACGAAGAAGACGAAUUGGCCGGUAGGCGCCGCGAGAAGAAGCUGAAGCUGGUGCUCCGAUUGCCCUCCCAGAAAUCUUCGGCGGAUUCCGGCGCGUCUCCGAAUUCUUCCGGCUCGGAUUCGAACGCAGAGGACGAGAACGAAAGCAACGCCGCCUCGAACAGCGGCAAGAAGCGGAAGAUCAAUGCGAUCGGGAAUGGAUCUGGGCUCGCAGACUGUCCAAAGGUCGAAAAAUCUAUUUCCGGUGCGAACCCCACAAGCGCCCACCAAGGGGGUCGGUUGGCUUCGGGACCCUCAACGUCCUUACCAGAUAAAAAGCUGUUGCAGUUCAUCCUCGACAGGCUUCAAAAGAAGGACACUUAUGGUGUGUUUUCUGAGCCAGUGGACCCAAAUGAGCUUCCUGAUUACCAUGAGGUGAUAGAGCACCCGAUGGAUUUCCAAACCGUGAGGGGUAAACUUGCUGGUGGAGCUUAUGCGAGCUUGGAACAGUUUGAGAAAGAUGUUUUCUUAAUCUGUUCGAACGCGAUGCAGUACAAUGCGCCUGAUACUAUAUAUUUUCGACAGGCACGAUCCAUACAAGAGCUGGCAAAAAAGAACUUUGAAAAUUUGAGGCAAGAGAGUGAUGAUAAUGAAACAGAACCGAAAACAGUGAGAAGAGGAAGACCACCAACUAAGAACUUAAAAAAAUCGAUGGGCAAGCCUUCCUUGGAGCGUGCUGGUUCAGAAUUUUCCACAGAUGACACUCUUGUCAAAGGGGGAGAAAACACCAAUUAUGAUAUGAGAAAAGGAACUCGUCUUGCAGACAACUCUGCUUUAGCAGAUUGGUCUGGAAGACUCCAUGGUUCUCGCAAUAAUGAUGUUUAUACUAGCUGGUUGGUUGAUAACAAAUUUGACAGGAAUGAUGAACGCACAGGUUCCAUGGUGAAGGGUAAUCAAAUGAAGCAUGGGAAGAAACAAGUUGUACUUGAUGACAACAGACGGAAGACAUACAAGCAAUCCCAACCGUUGGCUGGUGGACGGGAGCUGUCUGUGUUAACUACUUUUGAUGGAGAGAGAAAGCAGCUAAUGGCUGUAGGUCUUCCUUCAGAGCUUGGUUAUGCAAGGAGCCUGGCUCGCUUUGCUGCAAAUCUUGGACCUGUUGCUUGGAAAGUUGCUUCCAAGAAGAUAGAAAGAUCUUUGCCUGCGGGCGUUAAGUUUGGCCCUGGAUGGGUUGGAGAAAAUGAUGUCACACCCCUGAGGCCACUGCUACUUCCUUCGUCAUUACCUGAUCAACCGUUACCAUCUCAGUCAUUUCCUCUUGUUAAAAAUCCAUCUUCAACUGCAAAUCCUUGCACUGUUGAAUCAAGGGGAGAUGCUUUGUCAGAGACACCUGAAGGUAAUAGUUUUUCCAAUAAGCACGUACCCUCUACUCACUCAACUUUAGAUGGCCAUCUAAGCAAGCAUCCCCCUCCGUCUGCCACCACGUCCUCAUCCCCCUUUUCUCUGAAUAAGUCUGCUGAACCCCUGAAAGUUAAAGCCGAAGUUGCUGAAGGACUUGGUUCUCACACCGGGAUUAACAUAUUGAAUAGUAGUACUGGUGCAAUCAAGCCAAGGCCUUCCUUUCAGAUUCAUCAGAACAGUGUAGUUCAACCUGGAUUGAAUGGUUCCUUUGGGUUUAACAUCGCGGCUCAAAGGGGGAAACUAAUUGGAGCAGGCAGGCCUGCUGAGUUUAACUUGCAGUCGCCUCAGAUGCUUGACACGAUAUCCAGGACCAAUACUAACCUAGUCCAUAUGGCGACUACAAAUAGCCUUAAUUCGGAAGACUACAAGAUAAUGGAAAGUUCAACUUCAACUAAUUCUGGCGGUUCAUUGCGAAACUCUGGCAGUGAGGCAUUGGCAGCCCAAGUAAGAGGACUUCAUUCGCGGCCAUCUUGGCAAGGGCUGUCACCACGACAGAGAACUGAUUCUGGAUUGUCACCACAACAGAAACAAGCUUCAAUUCCGCCGGACUUGAAUGUCAGAUUUCAGUCUCCUGGAUCCCCUAGUUCUAGCCGGGUUGAUUCAACACAUCCAGAUUUAGCAUUGCAGUUAUGAGAAUAAUUGAGUCGAUUUUUUUUUCUUUCUUUUAAUUAAGUUAACCAUAGAAAGAUGGAUUUAUGAUUUGUUGCUCCUGGUUAUGAGAACAAAAGAGGGUCUCUCCGAUGUGGAGACGAUUAGGGCCACACCUAACAGUAUUGUAGAAGAGUAGACUAGGCUUUCCUUGUACAGAUUAAUGUAUUCUGAUUCUUAGGCCCACAAGCAAAAAAGGGGUUUCAUUUGUAACAUUGGAAACCAUUAUCUAGCAAGAAGUUAUUCUUAGCUCAUCUUGUGCUUCUAA